AAAAAGAAAAGGUGUAAUUUAGCCUAUUUAAGUGGGACACACAUAUACAAAUAUAAUAUACGCUCUUAAUUAUUAUUGAAAUUUAAUCAAAAGACUGGAUUAAUUACCUACGGCAAUGUCUCGUUUUACAACUGCUUCAUCGUCGUUAUCAUCUUUUCGACCUAAUAUGCUUUCAGAAAACGUCUAUUUUUCACCAUUAUUGUCAUAUUCUUCUACUUUGGCAAUUUUCAAUGAACUUACAACAAAGUUGAAUAAGCAGUCGGAUUUUAUGCAAACUAAUAAUGCUUUAAUGAAUACAAUAUUGCCUGAAAUUGAUUACUCACUACCUCAUACUACUACUACUACUACUAAUAAUAAUAAUAAUAACAAUAAUACGACCUAUCGUGAAUCGACAGCACUAAGUUUCAAUGAUAGAAAUAAUAAAAGUGAUGUGGAUAGUGUAGUGAUUUUUCCAUUUGAAAAAAAUACCUAUGAUGACGUAUACACAUGCUCCUUGAACUCUCCGAAGUCUUCACAUGAUUCUAAGCGGCAUUGUCGGAGUCAGCAGAAAGAUGAUUCUCGUACAUAUGAAGAAAUAUUUUCACAUCCACAUCCACCAUACUAUCCUCACUUUCAUCACACACUGCAAUCACAACAAUCCCAAUAUCCUAGUCAUUCUAACUCUGACAAAUCAGAAGAAAUGCUUAGAUUAUGUGAUACAUCAACAAGCAAACAAUUUGUCACAAAUACAAUACAAAAUCAUAAAACUCAUUAUGAAGACAGAAUAACAAAUAAUAAAAAAAUUAGAAGUACAAAAGAAGAGAUCAAGUCUUCGUCAAUUUCAUUUAAUGGUCAAAUGAUUGGAGAUACGCUGAAGAAAAGUAUUCAUUCGUGUGUAUCACAAAGAAAGCGUCAUAGAUCAAUUGAUUUAAAGACAGAAGAAGAAAUACACGAUCAUUCAAAACGUUAUCGGACAAGUUAUUCACAGAAACAGAUUGAAUUGUUAGAGAAAACAUAUCAAAUGGAUCGGUAUGUUAGUCGACCACAGAGAACUAAACUUUCGAAUGAACUUGAUCUUCCAGAGAAUACAAUAAAGGUUUGGUUCCAAAACAGGAGGAUGAAAGAGAAGCGUCAAGCUCUUAUGCUACCAACAGUAGCAGGGAAAGAUCCUUAUUUACGAGAAACUCUUCUUAGAGUAACACAGUUAUAUUGUGCUACACGAUAUGGUAGUGAAAAUGAUCCCAGCAUCAUCAAGGAGAUAAGUAACAGCUCACAAUCGAAGAAUAACAAAGACUGCUUUGCAAAUAUGCGUAAAAAGAUGGCAGCAUUAUCAACACCAGUAAGGGAAACAACUAACAGUACAAUUUCUGAUAAUUAUAUACCCCAAAAUUCUCCCUUCGAUACUAAUGUACCAAAGAAAUCCAAGCUUAAUCCAAUACAACACGAAAAUUUGUUCAAUAAUCCAAUUGAAGAUAUUAAUUUGAAGUCAAUGAACACAUUGAACAAUCAAAUUAGUACAAAAAUGAAUGAGAACAAUGAAUCUGAUUUAAGUGCCCCUGUUUCAAAUACUCAUCAAAAUUUCAUACACACCACAGAACCACCCAGUAAUGAUACUGAGGAGAAUAAUGAUGACCUCAGUAAAUGGAAUACAAUUUCUAAUCCUUUAAACCUUUCAACAUCUUCAUCAAUUAGUAGUGAUGAGAAUCGUAUAUUUAAUGAUGAUGCAUAUCCUCGAAUGAAUCAAAAGUUUUCUGCGAAUACAUUCAAUUUAUUCUCAACAUUUCCAUUGAUUCAUACAACAUCUUCAUCAUCUAUAGACAAUCUUAGUGAUUCAUUGAUUUCAUAAAUGGAUGCUUCAGUGUUAAAGAAGAAGAAAAAGUUACACAUUCAAAAUCUUUCACUAGUCUGUUUGAAUUGUGUCAUUAUUUCACUAUUUAUCAUUUAUAUAUAUGGCACUAACGGUUAUGAGAUUCAGAACAACAGGAUUUUCAUCUGUAACAAUAAUACUAAUAAUAUGUCCUGGCAUUCUCAUUAGUAAUGACCAUCUACUUUCACAAAACCAUAUUUUGUCUUUAUUUCAAAAAAGCUGGUUCCAAUUUAAAAGUAGAUCGAAAUACAUAUUACUGCUCACAAUAUCUGCACAAAAGAUGAUAAUUUCUAAAAGACUGGAAGAUUUCCCUCUGACAAUGAAUAUUAAUAUCCCUGGUUUUUCAAACACAUACUUUUCAGAGUUGAUUACAAUUCGCUUAAAGUAUUAUUAUUACUGUUAGCAACCAAUGCCGUUAAUUUCUGAAUUAUUCAUUAUAUUGGAGGGUACAUUACUGAGUUUCACAGUGAGAUACAUUCCUUCAUACAUUUUGAACAGUCCAAUGAAUUUUACUUCUUCUAUUCAUUGCAUCAAUUCUAACUUAUAAACUUUUGAAAGAUGUACGUAUUCGAAUUAGUCAGUAUUCCCUGCUUAUUUAUUUGCUUAAUUUUUUUCACAGUCACUCUAUAGUAUAUUGACACUUUCAUCUUGAUCGUCUUCUAGAAUUAACAGUUUCUAUUUAAAAAUUUUUUAAUUCCACUAAAAUACAUAUUCUAUUCGCG